CCGCUACAAGGCCGUGCUUCCCCGCCACCAAGCCAAGGAGAUCCUUUUGCAGAUGCGCGCAACUGAUGUCUCCAAGUGGAUCAAUGAUAGGGGAUAGAGCACUCAGCUGAGCACUUUCACCAUCAUAUUCUUUGUGGCUGCUAGUUUAAUUGUAACACCCAUUAGCCCUCUAGCUAGCUAGCAAAAGGAAGGUUACGACAAUGACGUCUCAAGCACAACCUGUCGUUGUGGACAGCAGCAAAGGAGACGAUGAUUUGCUGCACAUCUUUGCGGCAUCCUCUGGAACUUCUGAUGAUGGUCUCAACGUCAAUGCUGAAAAAGACGCUGCCAGGAACAGUGUUGGUGCAGCUCUUGCCACGGGCGAGGCGCAGCCCAUAAGCGAGGCGAGCACUGCUUCUGGCACGUCAAAAGAUAAUCCUGCUUCUGGCGCAUCCGAGGAUAUUCCAACAAAAGAGGGGAAACAACUAGCAAGCCCGGGCGUUACAGUAGGGUUGCCUAUAGAGAAGGUUGAUGACCGCCAGAAAGGAAAGGAGAAGGCCGACAGCGACGACCGCCGGAAAGACAAGGAGAAGACCAAAGUCGGGACUCCGUCCAAAGCUCAGGAUGACCACCUGCAUCCAGCGAGCUCCAAUACCAAUGCUCCAGGACUUCCCCCACUCCCCUUACAACGCGGCGUCAAUAUGCCAAACUCGAGGCCCGGAGCAGUGGCGAUUGGUGGUUUUGGAAUGAUCACCCCUGCUGGUACUUCUAUUUCUCGACCGGCUCAGGGAAGUUCGUAUCAGCCGUAUGGGGCGGCAACAGCAAUGGAAAAUGACGGCAGUAUGGCACAAGCACGCCUCGUGGACAUGGACGAGGAAGGCAACAUCCAAAAUGCGGAUCCAGUGGAAGAAGGGGCCCUACGUCUAUCCAUGGGGGGUUCUAACAAGGGCAAUGUGGAAGGGAGAGAGGCGUGCAAAACUGUACUCUUGAUUGCUGUUAUUGGGUUUAUUGUACUUGCUCUUGUCCUGACUCUGAGAGGUGGCAACAAAGAGGAGGAUACUUCUAAUGGCAUACCAACAAUGGCCCCAACUGGGGCACCAUCGUUGGCCCCAACUGACUCCCCUACAAUGUAUGCAGUCACGUUGGGACUCCCGGACUACUCAGUGGACAAAAUCUUGAAGGAUGAGACCUCCCCCCAAGCCAGAGCUUAUUCUUGGAUCAUGGACGAUCCCAAUCAGGAACGUUACCCUGACUGGAGAAUCCUUCAGCGGUUUGCUCUAGCAACUUUCUACUAUUCCACUGGAGGGCCCAGCUGGGAUAUCAGCGACAACUGGUUGAAUCAUAGUCUGGAUGAGUGCAAGGACUGGUUCUUUCGAACUGAAACAGAUGGUCUGGAUGUUGCAGCGAGGGAUGACAAGAUCUUUAUCACUUCUCCAUGUGAUGAAUCUGGGAAGUAUCAGUAUCUGUUGAUGGCUGGGAACAAUUUGGCUGGGAGGGUCCCAGAAGAAAUUGGUAUGCUGUCCAGCUUGCUCAUCUUUGAUUACUUCAAAAAUGAUGGUCUGGAAGGGAGCACUAUCCCUACAGAGAUUGGCCUGCUCACCAAUCUCUUGAGAUUGUCAGCUGACCGAAACUUCCAUGGAGGGAAGCUUCCUACAGAGAUUGGCAUGAUGACUAGCCUGAUUGAGGUGUACCUUGGCUACAACCCUUUUCCAUCACCCAUCCCUUCCGAAAUUGCCAAUAUCCAAGGUCUACAAAAGCUCAAUCUGAACAGAGCAGGAUUCACUGGGACUGUUCCUUCUGAACUCUUUACCCUGACCAAAAUGGUAGAAUUUUUCCUCCAUGGUCUUCUCGAUAUUGAAAAUGCUACCUUGGAGGGCAUUGGGCAAAUGACCGACUUACAAGCAUUCUAUUUUCAUAACCUUCCCCUCCACAAUACUCCCAUUCCUACAGAGCUUGGUUUGGCCACCAAACUUGAGAAACUGAACUUAUGGGAUACAGGACUCACUGGGACUAUCCCUUCUGAAAUGGCCAAUCUGAGCGGUUUGAAGCGACUGGAUAUUGAUGACAACCGGUUGACAGGAUCCCUCCCCGAUUUCAUAUGGGAACUUCCUUUGUUGCAGGAGAUCCUGUAUGAUGGAAACUUCUUCACAGGAACCCUGCCAUCUCAUGUCUGGCAGAAUCUGACUCUAAUGGAGGGCCUGGCCUUCAGUGAUAAUUUACUGAGCGGGUCCAUCCCUACAGAGGUUGGACUUCUUCCAAGCAUCCAAACACUUCGCUUUGACCGCAACGCAUUCACAGGAACCAUACCAACAGAGAUUGGAAAUCUGACAACACUUGAGGAAGUGUUCUUCCAUGAUACCCACCUUGAGGGCAAUAUUCCGUUGGAGUUUGAGGACUUGCUCUUUCUUGAGACCAUUACAUUUUCCAAUACUUCACUCACUGGUUCCAUCCCAGCUGGUAUCUGUGACAGUUUGGUGGAUAUAUGGUUCAGUUGCCACACCAAGUUUGGCAUUACUUUGCCAACCUGUACCGUAGUUGAAGUGGAGGACUUUGACUGUGCAUCUUCUCUGCUCUGUGGGUGCUCUUGCAGUGCUUGUGCAGUGACAGGGACUGGUUUUGUGUUCAACAGAACCUUGGGUCCAUAGAUAUAUAGUAAUCCAGUAAAAUGUACUUUGUAU